AUGUGUAUUAUCGGAGAGAUCAUAGCUGUUUGCAGCAUUUUAUAUGCUUGUGUUCGAACAAGAAAGGUUUGUUGGCUUUGAUUUGUAUUGUUGUAGGUAAUUUAUGAAAAGUAGAUCUUGAAGCGGAUAAUUUUAUACAAAUUAUGUUAGAUUAAACUUUAAGAUAGUUAUAUUAUACUGUUUUAUAUUUUAAUUUAGUUAAUUCACCUUGUUUUAUAUUGUUUUAGAUAACCAAUGUUGCCUUUGUCAAUACCUUUAUGUUUUGAUCCAAAUUCUAGCUAAAGCAUAGAAUGCUUUUGAGAUGUUUUAGCUCACAGUUAUCAAGACUGUUAUACUUUCUUACAAUUAACAGCAAUUCGCAAUCAAUUUUACUAAUUCAAACUUAUUUUAGAUCAAAGCGAAGGAGAAGGAACAACGUUUACAGCUGGAACUCAAGUUUAAAGGCGAUUUACAACCAGAGCCAGCUCUUGAUAGACCAUCAUCAGGUAAUAUUAUAGCUUUUGUUUGUGUUGUUUGUGUUUUAGUUUGGUCUUCUUCCUUCUGUUUUGGUAUUGGGCGUCUUUCGGCUAUAAACUUGGAGUUUGAGCUGUUUCUGAGAGUUUUAGGCCUAUUUUUAGGUAUAAACUUGAAGUUUAGCUUGUUUUUAAGGUGAAGACUUGAUGCUUAAUGUCAUUUUUAUAUUAGAACUUGACGUUUUGUUGGUUUUGUGGCUCUAAACUUUAUGUUUUGUUGGCUUUAUGGCUUUAAUCUUGAUGUUAAUCAUGUUUCUUGACCAACUAUUGAGGUUUUACAUCUUUUCUUGAUUUUAAAUUAAGUUUCAACAUCUUUUCUUUAUUCUCUAACUAUAUUUUAUCAUUUAGAUGAUCCAACUUACGUGGAACUUGCAAAAAUCUUGAGCACAUAUCAAGAUCAACACCAAUCAGCCCAUUAUGUAUUCAAUACAUCAGUAGUAACUCUGGACACCUUCCUUAACUACCUGUAUCACGCUUGUGACAAAAAGACGAAUGUUGUUCAUUUUCCAGCAAACACGGAUUUGUCGAUUGAUCAGCGGUUCAAAAGUUAUGUUACGAUAUUGGAGUACGUUAGAAGUAUUCCCUAUCAUGGAGUGCUGGUUCUUCAUGAAUCUGGUGAGUUUUUGGUGUUUUUUAAAAGGUUUUGGAUGCUGGUUUGAACAGUAUAAAUAGUUUUAGCUGAUUGCAGAGAAAAACAAUUUUUUCACUACAAAUAUGUUAUAGUAGGUCUGUACGUAAUCAUUAAUUUUUUUUUGAAAUUUAAAAAAUCUGAAUAUUUUAUCUUAAAAAGAACGGUAAUUAGAGUUUUCUCUGCAAUUUUCAUGUUAUAAUCUUGAUUUACAAGAAAGGUAUGAUCAAUUGAAAAUGUCACAAUUUGGAAAAGUGCGUAUCCGCUCAGACAUUAAAAUUUUUUUUGGUCGAGUGUUUGUUAAAUGCCAAAUCUAAUAGUAUGCGCUUUAUAGAGCAUAAAAUUUUGUAUAUACUGUGUAAGUUUCAUGUUGAUUUCUUGAUUCAUCAACGGGUUAUGAUCAUUUGAAAAUGUCAAAAAUUACAAAAAGUUCGAAUCCGCGCGAAAAUCUCAACCUUUUGACUUUUCUACUGACUGUAAUUUUUUUACUAAGCCAGCUAUCUUUACAAAACUUUGAGGAAAUGGAAAACGUUUUAUGCUUUACAAAAGCUAUUAAUUAAAAUUUUUCCAAAAUAUUUUUAAAAUUUCAAAAAACUAAAUUUAGGAACUGAAGCUACAGCUCAAGAUGCAUAUCAAGGUGCCAUUAGCAAAGAUGUGGAGCAAAAAUUUAUAAGUUCGAUUCAAGCUUUGAAUAGGGAUGUUUUGGUACUAUUUCUAUUCGAAAGGUGUGAUGUCCCAGGUUUUUUGAAUGGUCUUAUGCGUAUUGUUAACAUGGGUAAUAUGGAAGAUGUUGAUGAUCAUACUAAUGACAACUCUGGAAACAUUGAUGGUUUUGGGGACAGAGAAAGUGCUGAUAAUGUUCAUAGGGUCUAG